UGGGCCAGGACUUGUAGUUGUGACGUCACCAUGGGCCUGCAUUGUUACAGAGUCUAUGGCCUGUACUCGUCUGUGCGACAAACGCUCUUAAACAUUUUUAAGUAUAAAGCUGAUGAUGGUUGCAACAGCCAGGACAAAAGAGAAACCACAGCGAAAACAACAAAGAAGCCAUACCGAUGCUGCCGUCUGAGGCCGAGGAGUUGAGCAAUAAGACUUCCGAUGAAAAGCAAUUCCCUGGGGCCUGUUUCACGAAGCCGGGCGAUGGAGUUAGCUGGAUAAUCGCACCGAGUAGAACCCUCCCAAAUCGGGAACAUGGGACUGAGGAUGGUGUUUCCAGCCGAGCUUUUCCCAGCUCCCGUCUUUCCCACAAGCACGAGCCUCAGGGAAGACAUGGCACCUGCCGUACAGAGGAAUUCUGAAUAGACUCUGAUUGUGAAGCAUGCAGCAUGAGACUUGCAUUUCUUCACUUGUGCCAUGCUCAGUAAGUUUCUCAUCUUUCAAGUAGGAGGAACUAACUUGUUCUCACAGCAAAAUGGAGGGAAAAGAAUCUUCACAGAAAUCGGACGGUUGGCGCCCCCUAGAGGCGACUGAAUGUGUUGCCUAUGCCGAGACCCAGCCCUAUCCACACACAGGUAAACAAGAUGAAGAAAGUGAAUGCCAACCGACAGUCAAAAGACAAAACAGUGUUGAUUUCCUACCACCAUACUUGUCCGAAGAUGCUGGAACUGAGCAAAAUCCUGAACUCAGACUGGUGUUGGUGGGAAAGACAGGAGUGGGGAAGAGUGCUUCUGGAAACACAAUCCUCGGCAGAAAAAUAUUCAAGUCAAAGAUGAGUUUCUCAUCCCAGACUAAGUCAUGUGAGAAACAGCACGGCACGGUAGCGGGACGCAGCGUGUAUGUGGUAGACACUCCAGGGCUCUUCGACAACCAACAGAACGAGCAGGACGUCAGGCGAGAGAUUGGGAGGUCCAUCAACUACUCAUCCCCGGGACCUCAUGCCUUCUUGCUGGUGGUAAAACUUGAUCGGUUCACAGAGGAGGACAGAAGAACGGUGCAGCACAUACAGGAGUUGUUUGGGGAAGGGGCCUCCCGCUACAUUAUAGUUCUGUUCACGCGAGGGAGCGAGCUUGCGGACGACAUAGAAGACUGUAUUAAAGAAGCAGACAGCGGUCUCAGAUCAAUGCUGUCCGAAUGUGGAAACCGGUACCAUGUCUUUGAGAACUAUAAUCUCGAUGACCGUCAGCAAGUGACCGAUCUUCUUGACAAAAUUGAGGCAAUGGUGAAGGAGAACGGUGGUGGGUGUUACACCAAUGAGAUGUUCCGUGAGGUGGAGAGGUUGCUUCAAGAGAAAGAGAAAGAGCUCAGGAGGCAGUAUGAGGAAAAACUGCGUCAAAAAGAGGAGGAGCUGAAGGCUAGGUUUGAGAAGGACAUGGAGGAGCUGAAGACAGACCUGGAGAAGAAGAUGGAAAAGCUAGUAGAUGAGGGAAAAGAGAGGGACCUCAAGAUAAGGACUUUGGAGGAGAAGCACAAGAGAGAACUUGCUGAGUUUGAGCGCUUCUACCAGGAGAAAGGAAGAGCUGCCAGGGAGGAAGCAGAGACUUCGAACUUUACGCACAACUUCAUUUUCAAGAUGUGGAAUUAUGUCUGUAGAGCAAUGACCAGAACCUAGGGAAACAGCCACCAGUAUAUUACAAGCUUACAGUAUAUGUGGCACUUGUAAACAACUUGUGGGAACUCUAGUGGAAGCUCUACCAGAGGUCCAACACACUCUAGUCUCAUUUUAGGCAACGUUCAAAGAUCUGCCUUUAUCCAGUGGCUUGAAUCUUCAUUCCUGUUUCCUGUUCCAAGUCAACAUAGAUUGUAAAAAACUAGAGCCCGACCGAUGCCUGAUUUUUGGGUCCGAUGCCGAUCCCGAUUUUGGAGAGUCUUAGCCCACCGAUUACCGAUGUUUUGACCGAUAUUUUGUCAAAAAGUGCAACAUUUUCAAAUCAAUUUGAAAAACUUAUAUUUUAUUAAAGUUUCUAUAUUUAAGAACAUUUAACUUAUAAGCAAACAAAUAAAAAUAAAAAUAAACACACAAAGAACUUUUUAGAUAAAAAAGUAAAAGAUAAUAUUAAAUUAAAUAUAUAUAUAUAUUAACACCAUCUUUAAGUGUGUGAAAUCAAAAUAACUCCACACCUUGCUUUUACUCCUUUCUUUUCUGGCCAUCUAUAAAAAAUUAAUUUUAAAAAAUUAGUUUUCCAGUUUCAAACAUGUAUUUUUAUGAAUAUUAUUAUUGUUGUUGUUGUUAUUAAUUUGUUAUUAUUAUUUCUUAGUAUCUAUUCUCUGUACAUUAAUUAUAUUUUCUUAUUUUAUUCCUACUACACGAUCUCAAAGAGUAAGACCAUCUAGCGAGCUUCCCUGUCCAUAAGAAUUAGGUGAAAAUAACUACAAUGCGCUCGAAUCCUCCAGACAGACUGGGUAAAGGAUCCUGAGUAAGAGACUGCAUCCAUGAAUAUGAAUGAUAAUUAUUCAUGAACUGAUAUUAGGUGUUCUCCAAAGAAUUUUUAAUUUUUUUUUAAUUUUUAGCUAUGUACACUUUUUUAUUAUUGUAUCCUGACAAAAUGUGGCAUUUGUUGAUACAGCAAAAAAAUCAGCAGAACUAUAUAUAUAUAUAUUCUCCAUUCUUGGGUUGCAGAAUAUAAUUAAAUGAUAGAUGUGCCAAAGGUACUGUUUCCAUCAUUGUAAUUUCAGCAAAGUUGAACCGGCACUACCAUAAUACUGAUAGGAGGCGGACAAGAAGAGGAAAAAGAUUUUUUGAACUGAAUAAUUCGCUUCCCCCCCCGGCAAGUAAUCACUUAGUAUAGACACGGGAUCAUGAUGCUUUGCUAUUUUUAUUGUCUGUAGAUAGGAGAGAAGGUUAAUUCCAAACCCAAGUAAAAUAGUCUGAACUGUUUUAACCCAACUGACACCAUUCAGAUUCCUUCAGUUACUAAAAGUUAACAUUUGUCCACAGUGUUGGAGAAAAUAGGUUUAUUCUUUUAAAACUGUCAGUAAAAUAUAUACCCAGCUGCCUAAAUGAAUGCAAUGUAAAUGCUAUGUACAGCGUUGUGUAAGUCUCUCAGGAUAAGAGAGGAAGGCAACAGCCUAAGUUGUUAUACUUACAAUAAUUUCAAAAGGAGUAUGUCCUUAAGAUACAUAAUCUCUGCAAGCGUUUUUUUUUUUUUUCUUUUUUGAGAAUUAAUUUGCACUGUACUUUCUUUUUUUAACUAUGGGUGUGCUGGCUUCACUAUUGAAAACUUUUGCACCCUAUCAUUAAAAAGAAAAAAAAAAAGUUAAAGAAAAGGAUGUCUGUGCUUUAUAUGAUCAAAAAACUCUGCAGCAAUUGCUGUGUUACUAUAGUGAUUGUGGGUUGAAAUGCUUUCAGGGAGGCAUCUUACUUUGGUCCACUUGGCGUAUGAACUUGCUGGAACAUUUUCUCACCCACUGGGCUUCAUUUCUGCCGGAACAAAGAACGGACAACCUUGUGCCUGCCGUGUUGAUUGUAAUACGGGCGAACGAUCGACAGAAUUACAUUUAAAAAUAAAA